GUAGUAAGAUAGUGAAUUGUUUUGUUUUCAGUUCUGAAGUCAGUAUUUAUUUCUUUACUUUUGAUUAAAGUAUGGUAUUCGUUAUCACAUGUAAAAAAUAAGUAAUUGUAAUUUAAUGAAUGAAGAAUUGAAUGGAAUUAUGAACCCAAUGUUGUGAAAAUCAGUGAAUAGAUUUUAGCACUGCAACAAAGUGAUUCAUUACUUAAAAAUAAUUAACAUUAUUAAUGCUUCUGUUUAAACGUUUGAAGAAGUUUUAGUGUAGAAACUCAUUACUUUAUGUAAGAAGUUAACUUGAUCAUGAAUAGAUAAUUAAAUGCUCUUGCUACGCAAGGUGUUGAUCAAUUUGACACUUUUGGCUGUGUUUCUUGUGCUGUUUUACUGUUAUCAAACGUCCAAUGGUAUACACUGGGUAUUACACACUUCUGAGCAAGAAAAUGUUUCGACCACAGAGUCGAACAAUGGACAGUAUACAAUGCCUGCAACAUUCACUGCGAGCAAAAAUAUGUACUAUAACGUUUGGUGCAUAUUCACAAAGGUUGCUAGUAAUUCACCGAUGAAACGAAAGUUUGAAAUUUUUGCUGAAUCUCUACUCAGACUAUCCUCUGUCAAUAUUGCAUUUCAUGUAAUAACUGAUGAUGACAGUAAGGAAGUUGCACGUACAGUUUUAGAGAAUAUCUUAUUGUCUACAGGAAAGUUUAUGAAGGUGCAGUAUUAUGAUGUUCAUGAACUUGCAUUGCAACUGGAAGAUAUUAUAUCUGCAAUGUCUCCCCAUUUUAGUAGCAAACCUGGAACAUAUUAUUCUGAUGCUUUGUUUUUCUUAUCAUUGGGUUUGCAUCGGAUAGCUCCACCUGAGCAAAAUGUUGCAGCAAUGUUUGAUGCAGACACAAAAUUUCGCAAAGAUAUUAAGGAACUCUUUGAAGAAUUUAAUAGUUUUGGAAAUGAAGCAUUAUUUGGCUUGGCUCCAGAACUUACCCCAGUAUACAGACAUGUUUUAUAUUUAUAUCGUAAUAAGAAUCCUAACACAUUAUUUGGAGAACCUGCUAGUUCAGGUGGUUAUCCUGGUUAUAACAGUGGAGUAGUGCUAUUCAAUCUUAAUAGAUUACGAAAUUCCUCCAUUUACCAUGAAAUUGUUAGAAAUGAAAGUGUUAAUUCCAUUACUGAGAAGUAUCACUUUAAGGGUCAUUUGGGAGAUCAAGAUUUUUACACUCUUUUGGGAAUGGAAAGACCUGAACUGAUUCACACUAUUGAUUGUGGAUGGAACAAGCAGUUGUGCACGUGGUGGAGGGAUCGUGGCUACACCGACGUGUUUAAUUAUUAUUCAAAAUGUGAUUCUGAAACAAAAUUAUGGCACGGUAAUUGCAAUACUCCUAUACCUGAUGACUGAUCCAGAUCUCUCUAUUAAAAAUAAGGGCACAGACUACGAUUACUAUUAGUGCAAUCGCAAAAGUUUUACAAAACUGUACCUGUUACUAUUUGAAUGACGAUGUUAAAAAUGUUUUACAUAUUAUUAUUUUAGAAAUCUGUGAUUGUUUGGUGGCAAUACAUAUCUUCCAUUAUCGUGGCAAUACUUUUAGCUAUUAUGUAAAUUUUAUCAUUUCACAGUGCCUGCAAACUAUAUUUUAAGAUAUUGUCUUUGUCUAUUUUAUAUAUUUCAAAUAUAUAUAUUAAAGUUAUAUAAAAUCGAGAAAGAAAACUUUUUGAAAAAUAAUAUUUCAAAAUUGAUUUUCAACUUAUUACUAGAUAUAUAUUGUUGUAAAAUAUAUAGGUGCUAUUUUUAUAUAAAUAUAAAAUAUUGUUAAACAACAAUAAUUUAAUCUGAAUUGAUACUACUGUAUGAACCAUUAAAGUAUUUACACGAACAUAUGAGGUCAUUAUCACUUCUGUAGUUCCCGAGUUUCCCUUUAGGUAAUUUUUAAAUAGAAAUCAGCGUUCUCUUUUUUUAUUUUUAAUGGAACUAUAAAUAAUAACAUGUAUAAAUAAAUGUGUCGUCGUAAUAUAUUUUUACGCAAAAGGAAAAUAAUAUUAAAUACAGUAUUAACACAUUGUAAGGUAUUUACAGUAAAUAAUACGUUCUUUCGCUGCGAUUACCAUUUGCUAUAAAAUUUUUUUUCACGUUCAAGAUCUAUAAAACAAUCGGAUCUUCCAAACUGGUUAAUUAACGAUAAUAAUUUUGUAAUCUGUUUUGCUCAAACAAUAUUAUCAACGAAAAAUUGACAAUAUAUUUUCUAUUCGAUCAUUGAAGCUUUGUUACAAUAUUUGGACAAAGUUUUCUAACAAAACAAUUCCUCGUUCUUUCUUAACAGUGAAUAAUCAUAAACGCAGAAAACGGAAACUGAUUGUUUAAUAAUCAUUCGUUGUUGUAUGCACACACAAAUUAUAAAGUAAGCUUCGUUAACACACGUUUCAAACAAAUUAUGAUUGACCAGAUUGUUCUCAACAAAUAAACAAAAAAAAGAAAGAAAAAUAAUAAGGUCUACUAUCGUUCAUUGUUAUACACACACCCUAGCUGCAUUUGAAUUCGUUGUACAGUACGUAAAAUAAAAGAUGUCACCUUUGGUCCCAGUGAUAGAAACUUAAUGUUAAUUGUAAAGAAUAGGACAUGUUAGUCAAUAUUGACCCACCCUUUCGGAUCUAACUUCGACUACUCCUCCGAAGUUAGAACCGAAUGGCUGAAAAAGAACUAAAAGAAGAAAAAGAAAAA